AUGGAAGAGAAAAUCCCUGAAGAUGACUUGAGCAUGAGACUGCAGGGAAAUGAAAACCCAAGCAUGUCCCUCGUAUCUGCGCAAUUCAAUGGAAACAAUUACAUGACUUGGGCAAGAUCCGUCAAGAUAGGACUCGGAGCCAAACAAAAAUUGGGCUAUAUUAACGGAUCCUAUGCAAAACCCACUGAAGACAAAGAAGCCAUCGAGCGGUGGCAAAGAAACGACUACAUGGUAGUCUCAUGGAUACUAAGCUCCAUGUCAAAGGAGAUUGCAGAGGCGUUCCUGUAUACCAACUCUGCUAAAGACUUAUGGACAGACCUCGAAACGCGGUUUGGUGAGAGCAAUGGCCCCCUUCUUUAUCAACUUCAAAGGAAGAUCACCUCCAUUACCCAGAAAAGUUCUACUAUUGCUGUCUAUUUUACAAAACUCAAAAAACUUUGGGACGAAUUAGGAUCUUUGGAUCCUUUGCCUGUAUGCACGUGUGGAGCGAGCAAAAGGAUGUCAGAGAAAAUCGCCUCCCAACAACUGAUACAGUUCCUUAUGGGACUAGGUGACACAUAUAAACAUGUGAAGAACCAGAUAAUUCUGAUAGACCCACUACCUACAGCUGCUAAAGCUUGCUCCAUGGUGCACAGAAUUGAGAAACAAAUGCAAGUAAAUUCUGAAAUUUCUGAAGUUGAACGAGAAGGAGUUAUGGCUGUACAAGUUACUGAGAUCAAAGGGAAAGGAAAUGUGAAGAUAAAUUCCAAGAAAGGGACAACACUUGAUAAGAAGCACUUGCAAUGUGAACACUGCAAGAAAAGGGGACAUCUUGAAGAAGGUUGCUUUGAGCUUGUGGGAUAA